GGUGAAGACCCACAUUUGGUGGAAGCUUCAGAAACACACUCCUCCUUGUUUUUCUUCGUUACCUUUGUACUUAAAUUCCCUACCCUCCAUGCACGGUGAUUAGUAGUAAUUAGAAAGCUCUCUCCCCUCAUUGAUCUUCUUUAAAUUUAUCCUACUUUGCAGUAUCUCUCAAAUCAUUGUUUCGUUUCCAAGUGAACCAUAUAACUUAUAUAAAGCAUCAAAACCUGAUUCAAGAAGAGUUUGUUUCUCCAUGCAAAAGGAAAAGGAAGCAAUUGUCAAGGAGGGGACUACGGAAAUAGAAAUGGAAGGAACCCGUGCAAAAGAGGAAACCCUACCACCGGGAUUUCGAUUUCACCCUACCGAUGAAGAACUUGUCACAUGCUAUCUGGUAAAUAAGAUAUCGGAUUCUAAUUUUACAGGGAGAGCAAUAACUGAUGUAGAUCUCAACAAAUGUGAGCCAUGGGAGCUGCCAGGGAAGGCAAAGAUGGGAGAAAAAGAAUGGUACUUCUUCAGUCUGAGAGACCGUAAAUACCCAACGGGUGUGAGAACAAAUCGAGCAACUAACGCCGGGUAUUGGAAGACCACAGGGAAAGACAAGGAGAUCUUCAACAGUGAAACAUCGGAGUUGAUUGGCAUGAAGAAGACUUUAGUUUUCUACAAAGGCAGAGCUCCCAGAGGAGAAAAAAGCAACUGGGUCAUGCAUGAAUAUCGCAUUCACUCAAAAUCCAGCUAUAGAACUAACAGGCAGGAUGAAUGGGUGGUGUGCCGGGUAUUCAAGAAAAGUGGUAAUGCGAAGAAGUACCCUUCUUCCAACCAUGCAAGAGCAGUGAAUCCAUACAGCUUGGAAAUAGAACCAAAUAUUUUGCCUCCGCUAAUGAUGCAACUGGGAGAUCCUGGUGCUCAUUUCCUUUAUGGAAGAAACUACAUGAACAGUGCUGAGUUAGCAGAACUUGCUAGGGUUUUGAGAGGGGGUGGAUCAACCAGUAGUGUCAACCUGCCAAUUCAAUCCCACUUGAGCUACCCUACAUCAUCAUCGACAGGAGGAGGAUUCACCAUUUCAGGGCUCAAUUUGAACCUUGGAGGAGGAGGAGCAACAGCCACAACACAACCCAUUUUAAGGCCAAUGCAACCUUCUCCUGCUCCUGUUCAUACGAUGGCUCAAGUACUUGAUGCCAAUUCCAGCAUGAUGACAACCAGUUCUCUUGGUGCUGAGAAUGUAGGUUAUGGAGCAGAAAUGAGUAACUUGAAUUUGCAUGGGAAUAGGUAUAUGGGCGUCGAUCACUGCAUGGAUCUAGACAACUAUUGGCCUUCCUACUAAAUUAUGAUGAGACACCCUUAUUUAGUUUAUUAGGCAUAAUCUAGUACCUAGUACUAUUACUAUAUAUAUAAGUUUAGUUGGAUCAGCUACCAUAAAAUUGAAGUUCUGCUAUUUUCUUGUGUUUCCAAGUUUUAUGCCGGAAAAUGACGACCGGUAUCCUAGUGAUCGUGUACCUUUUCAAUCAAGUAACAUUUUGAAUGUUUGUUUAUCGAUUACUACUGUCUUUUCUUUAUUGAACAUCACUAGCUAUAUGUUA